GAGAUGGUGGCCGCGCUAAUGGCGGAAAAACUUUCUCUGCCUCUCCUCCUCCCAAACCCUCCACCGCCGAAGCCUUUCUUCCAAGACCCUGCCGCCGCUUCCGUCGCCGUUCCGCCACUCUCCCCGCCGCCUCUAACUCCUCUAUUCCACGAAUUACUCCACCACCAACAAAACCCCAAUUCCUCACAAAAUCCGUCCCCAUCCAUCGCGAGGCAACGACGUCGCAUCGGGAAGCACCGCGACCCCAACAAGGGCAAGCCGUGGACACACCAACGUCUCUCCGCUCAAGGUGAGCUUACUCUCCGCUCCUUAAUCGAUCCUAAUUUCGACAUCGACGCUCUCGACGGAGAGCUUUCCGCUUUGCUGAAUUCCGGUAACAAUCCAGAAGUUGAAUUUUCCGAGCAAUCUUCUUCAACAGUUAUAUAUGAUGUAUUAGGGAUAAUCAAGGCGUUAGGUCACUACAAAAAAUGCGAUUUAGCGUUGAGUGUGCUCGAUUGGAUUACAAAACGUAGGCAUUUAGAACAUUUGAUUAAUGGAUCGAUUGUGGCUGUUAUCAUCAGUAUGUUGGGUAGAGAAGGUAGGGUUUCUAGAGCAGCUUCUUUGUUUAAUGAUUUGCAGAAAGGUGGAUUUGGAAUGGAUGUUUAUGCAUAUACUUCUCUAAUUACUGUAUUAGCAAGCAAUGGAAGGUACAGGGAAGCUUUAAUGGCGUUCAAAGGUAUGCAGGAGCAAGGUUGCAGGCCUACUUUGAUAACUUACAAUGUGAUUUUGAAUGUUUAUGGCAAAAUGGGAAUGCCUUGGCAUAAAAUUGUCGAGGUUAUCAAUGAAAUGAAGAGCUCGGGGGUAGCUCCGGACGCAUACACAUACAAUACAGUUAUAAGUUGUUGCAGGCGCGGAUCAUUGUACGAGGAAGCUAAGGCUGUUUUUGAGGAGAUGAAGGUUGCUGGAUAUUCGCCGGAUAAGGUUACGUAUAAUGCUCUGUUGGAUGUUUAUGGAAAGUCGAGGAAGCCUAAGGAGGCUAUGGAGGUUUUGAGGGAGAUGGAGGCGAACGGAUUUUCUCCAAGUGUUGUGACAUAUAAUUCGCUUGUGUCUGCUUACGCUAGGGAUGGUUUGUUAGAGGAAGCGAUGGAGGUAAAAGAUCGAAUGGUGGAGGGUGGAAUUAAGCCGGAUGUGUUCACUUACACGACACUUUUGUCGGGUUUCGAGAAGGCGGGGAAGGACGAUUGUGCGAUGAGGAUCUUCGAGGAGAUGCAAGGCGCGGGUUGUAGCCCGAAUAUAUGCACUUUUAACGCCCUGAUCAAGAUGUUUGGGAAUCGAAAGAAGUUUGCGGAGAUGAUGAGGGUUUUUGAUGAUAUGAAGGCGUGCGGAUGCAAAGCUGAUGUUGUUACUUGGAAUACGCUGCUCGCCGUGUUCGGGCAGAACGGGAUGGACACGGAAGUGUCGGGUGUGUUCCGAGAAAUGAAGCGAUCGGGGUUUGUCGCAGAGCGGGACACAUUUAAUACCUUGAUUGGCGCUUACAGUAGGUGCGGAUCGUUCGAUCAGGCGAUGGCUAUUUAUAAACGUAUGUUGGAAGCGGGCGUCACUCCCGAUCUCUCGACGUACAAUGCCGUCUUGGCAGCGUUGGCGCGAGGCGGAUUGUGGGAACAAUCCGAGAAAAUUUUCGAAGAAAUGAAGGGUCGUCGAUGCAAACCGAAUCAGAUGACGUAUAGCUCGUUGCUCCACGCUUACGGUAACGGAAAACAGAUUCAGAAGAUCGAUGCUCUAGCGACGGAUAUCUAUUCGGGUGUGAUCGAACCGCACGCCGUCCUGUUGAAAACGCUCGUCCUCGUCUACAGCAAGAGCGAUCUAUUGAAGGAAACCGAGAGAGCCUUUCUAGAGCUAAGUACACGAGGCUUGUCUCCGGAUAUUACCACGUUGAACGCAAUGGUGUCGAUCUAUGGUCGAAGGCAAAUGAUCGAGAAGGCAAACGAGAUCCUCGACUUUAUGAAGAAAUGUCGGUUUACGCCUACGUUGACUACGUACAACAGCUUGAUGUACAUGUACAGCCGGUCGGGGAAUUUCGAAAGAGCCGAGGAGAUUCUGAGGGAUCUUCUGUCAAAAGGGAUCAAACCCGACAUCAUUUCCUACAAUACAAUCAUCUACGGUUACUGUCGAAACGGACAAAUGAAAGAUGCGUCGAGGAUUUUCACAGAAAUGACGGAAUCUGGAAUCGCUCCCGACGUCAUUACGUAUAACACCUUUGUAGCGAGCUAUGCGGCGGAUGCGAUGUUUGUCGAAGCCAUCGACGUUGUUCGAUAUAUGAUUAGAAACGGAUGUAAACCGAACGAGAGCACGUACAACUCGAUCGUGGAUUGGUACUGCAAGCUUAGUCGCAGCGACGAGGCGAUGACGUUUAUUGGCAAUCUUUCGACGCUCGAUCCUCGGAUUUCCCGGGAGGAAAAGAUGAGGUUAUCGGAGCGGGUUAUCGUCAAAUGACUGGAGGAUGGAGGGAAGCCAUGGAAGAGUGAAAUGGAGGAGCUUGAAGAGGAAUGGAACCUGUAUUGUAUUGAGGUAUGUAAAUUAUCUUCAAUGUUGUUAUUACAAUUUUCAGAAAUAAGGGGUAUGUGUUGAUUAUUACUGCAUAGUUAAGGUUGUCUUUUUGGAGUUUUGAAUAGUUUUGAAAAUAGUAAAAAUGAUUGUAGUAUUUGAUGUAUGUAAAUUGUACUAUUUUCAUACGUCCAUAAGGUUUUGUUUA